CUCUCCCACUGUACAGAAGUCCUAGGAAAGAACAUACUGGAUCAGAAAUGCUUCUUCCAGCUGUAAUCCUCUCCUUGGCUGCUCUAGUGAAACCAUCUCUAGGAGAGGAAUACCCAGGCAGGUUGGCCAAUAUCCCAGAUACUAUGAAAGAGGAAAUUCUUAACAAACUUAAUGCUAUCAGAAGAGGAGUACAGCCGCCUGCCAGCAACAUGCUGAAAUUGGUGUGGAGUGAAAAUGCUGCUGCGAAUGCUAGGAAUUGGGCUAGAAAAUGUCGAGGAACAGCCAGUCCAAAAGAGGAACGAAUAGUGGAUGGAGCCCUCUGUGGUGACAGCAGACUUCAAACAACUUUUCCCAUGUCUUGGUCAGACAUAGUAGACGUAUGGAAUCGUAAAGCGUCUAACUUCAAGUAUGGAAUUGGAGCAAUUGACCGAAGGAAAGACAUCUAUACCUACACUCAGAUGAUUUGGCAUAAUUCAUUUAAAGUUGGAUGUACAAUGUCUUUUUGCCGAGAGAAUGAGUAUAAUUUCUUAUAUGUCUGUCGUUUCUGCCCUGCUGGGAACUAUGAAGAUGAGAUUCCAACACCCUACAAAGAAGGCCCACCAUGUGGAGAUUGCCCUAACAGCUGCGAGAAUAACCUCUGUGUCCACACAUGUGACUAUGUGGAUUCUUCAGCAUAUUGUGAAACAAUGUUGACGAUGUACACCUGUGAGUCACAAUUUCUCCAAGAAAUGUGUGCAGCCACCUGUAAAUGCCCACGAGGAUCUACCUAAUAUAUCCUGUAUGAGCAAAAUGAGAAAGAAAUCCAUAUAUCUGUAUUGAAGAGAGGGGAAGUUUUGCAUUAAAAACAAACUUCUCUCUCUAAAUUAGGUCAAAAUUUGACUUUAGAAGUUAUUAGAAGCAUAAGAAAGAGAAUGUUUCCAAAAGUUAUUCAUAGGAUGAAUAAAUUU